AUGUGCGCAGAUCGUGGUAACGGGAUCGACAUUUCUCCCAACGUUGACGACAUAGGUUCAGUGUCGGCCACGGCCACGGCCACAGUGUCAAUACCCCAGUACAAAAGGAGCGAGCUGCCCAUCGCAGAGCGGGUGGAAGACCUCCUGUCACGGAUGACACUAGCCGAGAGGGCCGGACUGAUGUUCCACAGCAAGAUCGCCAUGCCUGAUCGUGUCAUAGGAACAACAUCCUCAAUGGGACUGACUCCUCAGAGCGAAACCAACGUGAAACAGCUCCACAUGAAUCAUUUCAACCUCGUGGGCGCCGUGACGGAUGCUCGCGAAACCGCUAGAUGGUAUAACAAUCUGCAGAAACUCGCGGUGGAGGAUACGAGACUCGGAAUACCUGUAACCUUGUCGACGGAUCCAAGAAACCACUUCACCGAGAACGUGGGCACGAGUUUCCUGGCUGGGAAACUCUCCCAGUGGCCCGAGACAUUGGGACUUGCGGCACUACGUGACGAGGCUCUGGUUGAGCGGUUCGCUGACAUUGCGAGACGCGAGUACGUCGCGCUGGGCUUGCGGUGUGCCCUUUCACCACAAGUCGAUCUGGCCACAGAAUACCGAUGGGCUCGUAUUAACGGCACCUUUGGCGAGGACUCAGAGUUGUCGGGAAAGCUGGUACAGGCCUAUAUUCGAGGCUUUCAGGGUGACAAGAUCACGGGGGAGAGCGUCAGCUGCAUCACGAAGCAUUUCCCUGGGGCAGGGCCACAGAAGGACGGCGAGGAUGCCCACUUCGUCUACGGCAAGGACCAGGUCUACCCCGGCGGGCGGUUCGAUUAUCAUCUAGCCCCGUUCAUCAAGGCUAUCGAAUCGGGCACGCGGCAGAUGAUGCCUUACUACGGUAAACCGAUCGGGCUCCAAGGGGAUUUCGCGGAACAGGUGGGCUUCGCUUUUCACCAUGGCGUUAUCACGAAGCUAUUGCGGCAGCAGCUCGGCUUCGAUGGCAUCGUCUGUACAGACUGGGGUCUCAUCACGGACGUCAGCAUCUUGGGUCAAGACAUGCCGGCGCGAGCAUGGGGCUGCGAGGACCUCAGCGAGCGGGAGCGGGUGGUCAAGAUCCUCGAGGCCGGGUGCGACCAGUUCGGUGGCGAGGCGCGGCCGGAGCUUGUGGUCGAGGCGGUCGAGCAGGGGCUGGUGUCGGAGUCGCGCCUCGACCUCUCGGUCCGGCGCCUGUUGGUCGAGAAGUUCGCGCUUGGCUUGUUCGACCGGCCGUUCGUCAACGUCGAGGCCGCGGCCACGAUCGUCGGCCAUCCGAGCUUCGUGGCUGAGGCCAACCUGGCCCAGCGGCGUAGCUACACGCUCCUGGUCAACGGGAAGGACGUGCUGCCACUCGAUCUCGGCACCGUUCAGGGCAAGAAAUUCUAUCUCGAGAACGUCGACCCGGACAUUCUGCGGACGAAAUGCGGCAGGGACAUAACCAUCGUCGCGAUGCCCGAGCAGGCGGACAUUGCGCUCCUGCGUCUCCGCGCCCCCUUCGAGCCUCGACCCGGAGGAUUCGAGGCCCACUUCCACGCCGGGUCGCUGGAAUUCACGCCCGAAGAACGCCGGCGACAGCAUCACGUCUACGCUGUCUCCCCACUCAGCGUUGUGGACAUCUAUCUCGACCGGCCGGCCGUGGUGACCGAGAUCGCCGAGCAAGUUUCAGGAAUGCUCGUCAACUACGGGAGCAGCGUCGAGGCGUUUAUAGAUGUGAUCUUUGGGUUUGACGGAGUCGAGCCCGAGGGGAAGUUGCCCUUUGAUUUGCCCCGAUCAAUGGCCGCGGUGGUGGAGAGUGAUGAAGAUGUGCCAUACGCCACCAAGAAUCCUGUGUUUCGAUUCGGAGACGGGUUGAGCUAUCGUCGUCGGGAGUAA